AUGACCACAACCUUCCCUUCUUACAUAGUGGAUGCUUUCACCAAGCAACCAUUUAAAGGUAAUCAGGCUGCCGUUUGUUUGAUACCCAAGGUUCUGGCGAACAAUGAGUAUCAGACAAUUGCUGCUGAGUUCAAUUUGUCUGAGACAGCUUUUCCUGUACCACUUGAUGGAGAUUAUCGAACAGCUACUCGCUUUUCUCUCAGAUGGUUUACUCCAAUGGUAGAAGUCCCCUUAUGUGGGCAUGCUACUCUCGCAACUUCUCACGUUCUAUUCUAUGAGAUAGGAAACGUCAAUGAAAAAAUUCUGUUCACCACCAAAUCCGGUGAGCUCGUGGUGAACAAAUCAUCCAAUGGAACUGUUUCGAUGAAUUUUCCGCAAUACUCCAUUUAUUCAUUGCACUUGGAGGCUAAGCAAAUAGCUGGAGAAGAUGCUUUCCGAAUCAAAGAAGGUUUUUCUUUCCUGAACGAUCUCAUAGACGCUCUUGUUCCCUCCGUCAUAUCUGUUCAAGCCGUUACCUAUGCUCCAGAUGCGAAAAAACUCAUAAUAACGCUGAACCAGGAAACAACAAGAUCACAACUGGAGAGUAUAGUCUGCGAUCCGAAAAAGUUAUUGUCCACUCAUCCUUCAGGAGAAACUAUUCGAGGCGUCAUGAUUACUGUUAAGCCUACCAAGGCUAAAGAACAAGGAUUCGUGGACAUCGAUGGAACGAGCUAUGAUUAUGCUUCUCGUUAUUUUGCUCCAUGGGUAGGAAUAGCCGAAGACCCAGCUACAGGCUCUGCUCAGUGUUGUUUGGCUCCUUACUGGUCGAAGCUAUUACAAAAACAAACAGUUUAUGCAAUUCAAUGUUUUCCAAAUCGUGGGGCAGAGUUUGAGGUUGAAAUACCCAAUUCCGAGCGUGUGGUUUUAAUUGGAAAAUCUCAAACAAUUGUGGACGGGAGAAUCCAUAUUUGA